AUGUAUGUCAUUUAUAUUGGUCAUAUAAUAUCAAAUUCUAUGAAUAUGUCAAAUAACUUCUCGCACCUCCCUGAAGGUGCUGAUGAGGCUACCGUUGAGAGAUACCCUAAGGCGUAUCUCUUAUAUCUGAUUGGUGCUGUCUUGUUCUCCAACAAGACUGGCAACAGGGUACAACUUUUAUACUUGACAUUGCUUGAUGCGCCAUGGGAGGUCAUCUCCGGUUACAGCUGGGGUUCCGCAGCCCUAGCUUAUCUGUAUAGAAGACUAUGUGAAGCUUCACGGAAGAACGUGAAGGAGAUCGCUGGGCCCCUGAUUACUCUGCAGCUUUGGGCGUGGGAGCACAUUCUCAUUGGGCAACCGAUGAGGAGUGUGGGACGUGGUGCAUUUCCUCCACCAAUUCUUCCACCCCCACAUGUGCCGUAUGGAUCGCGAUGUAGCGGAUCUCCAUCACAGUUCACGCAAGAGUCGGGAGCCCAAGAACUGGUUGGAGAUCAACUAGCGCCAUAUAGCUCGUUGGGAUCACAUGAUGGAGCUACUGGCCCAAGGUGCGUCGAUCGAGGUUGUAGGCGCACCUACUUCGGCGAAUUACAUGUCGUGGUUCCUCUCCAUCACUCGUCGAUGGAUGACACCACGAGGUAUCACCGCGGCAACCCAGUACGCUCCCGCAGCACCGACGAUGAAACACUUUGCACAGGGCCUUGCAUCUGUCAUCAGCUCCACCCAAGAGGAGCCUGUGUGGGAAAUUGCCCAAGGCAUACUCCUAGGGACACAGACACAGUUUUAGCACUUCAUUCCAGAAGUCGCUGUGCCCGACACCAGUAUGGACGAGCAGUGGUCAUCUCCUCAUCAUGCCGACGUUCAUCUUGA